AUGCGCGAUGGUUUUUACACAGGUGCCAAUUCGAUAAGCCGGGGCAUGAGGUACCAGGACCACAUAGUGCAUGAACUGUUGAAGAUUAUGGAGGAAGGCCCUGAGCCGAUGCGAGAUUUCCAGCCCGCUCAGAAGGUGAAAACGGGCGCGGAGAUGUUCCGGGAGGUCCAUCGAGGCUACGAGGCGUGUGACUCCAGCAUUGACAGGAUCCAGAGAGUCCACGGGCACAACGCGACCUACCCGCAGCUGAGGGAUGAGCUGGAUAAGCGACGCUCAACUGCCAAGGUAUACGAGUUGACAUAUGACAAU